UAGGGAAGUGAACUGCACUUCCUAUUUCCUCAGUGUUAACGCUCUCUACUGACUAAACCAGAAAUCGAGAGGAUGAGAAACGAAAGCAGCACGUUUGACGCACGGUUUACAAAUGAAUAUGAGCAGUAAAUGACACAGAUUGUCCGGUUCGGAUCCAGUUUUGCGCGCGCAAUGGGAGCGUCGCGCGUGCGGCCGUCAGUUUGAUAAAACAGCGACUUCUCAAAGUUUUUAUAUGUUGGUGGCUGAAGACGAUUCAAGAUGAAGAAACAGUUCAACCGCAUGAAACAGCUCGCCAACCAGACCGUUGGCAGAGCAGAGAAGACAGAAGUACUGAGUGAUGACCUUCUUAUGAUUGAGCGGCGCCUUGAAAAUGUGCGAUUGGUCUCCCAUAAUGUGCACAAGAAGAUAAUCAUGUGUAUGCAGGGUAACGUGGGCUCGGAUGCGGAGAAGAGACAUAAAAAGCUUCCGCUCACGGCCCUUUCACAAUCCAUGCUGGAUGGAGUAGGUCAGCUCGGAGACGAGUCCCUCAUCGCGAAGAUGAUGGAAGUGUGUGGAGAAGCUGAAAACAAACUGGCCCUUGAGCAGAGCCAACAUGAAGUUCAGCUGGAGAGAGAUAUUCUCGAGCCCCUCAACCAGCUGGCGGAGGUGGAUAUUCCUAACAUUUUGAAGCAGAGGAAACAUUUAGCCAAGCUUGUGUUGGAUUUUGAUUCUGCGAAAGCCAGGUAUCACCAGGCCACAAAGGCGUAUCCGUCAGCUGCAAAUGCUCAAGCAAUGGCUGCCAAAGUUGACACACUUAAGGAGGAGAUGGAUGAAGCCCAGAACAAAAUGGAAAUAUGCAAGGAUCAAGUGGCAGCAGACAUGUACAACUUUUACUCCAAGGAAGGAGAUUAUGCUCGCUAUUAUGUGUUGUUGUUAGAAGCUCAAGCUGAGUACCACAGAAAAGCCUUGGCAUCUAUCGAGAGCGUCCUGCCCACCAUACAGUCACAGCAAGAUAAAUGGACAGAGAAGCCAGCGUUUGGCACGGCUCUGGAAGAACAUCUGAAACGCACUAGCAGAGAGAUCGCUCUUCCUAUAGAGGCCUGCGUUAUGAUGCUACUGGAAACCGGCAUGCAAGAAGAGGGUUUGUUCCGUAUCGCUGCCGGAGCCUCUAAACUGAAGAAGUUAAAGGCGGCGCUGGACUGUUCCACUUCCCAGCUGGAGGAGUUUUACUCUGACCCUCAUGCUGUAGCCGGAGCCCUCAAAUCUUACUUGAGGGAGCUGCCUGAACCUCUGAUGACCUACCAGCUGUAUGAAGAGUGGAUCCAAGCCUCAAAUAUUGCUGACCCUGAUAAGAGGCUUCAGGCGCUGUGGGUGGUGUGUGACAUGUUACCAAAGGCCAACAAGACCAACUUUAGGUACCUGGUAAAGUUUCUUGCAAAGCUAGCUCUGGAAAGUGACACAAACAAGAUGACAGCGAGCAACAUCGCCAUCGUACUGGGACCCAAUUUACUGUGGGCCAAGACAGAGGGAAGCCUUGCUGAGAUGGCAGCUACUACCUCCGUCCAUGUCGUGUCUAUAAUAGAACUGAUAAUCAACCAUGCAAGCUGGUUCUUCCCUGAAGAUGUGGACUUCAACGUUUCAGGCGUGUUUGCUAUGCCUGGGUGCCCGGGGACCCCUGACUCCGAAGCCGGAACCAUAGACAGGAGGCGCCCAGGCAGCCAGGGGUCGUUCGAAUACGACAUACCCCGCAAAGACAGCCCUGCUAACAAACAGCCGGAAAUCGCCCCUCGUAGAGCUGGCACAGUAACUAAAAAGCAGCACUCCACGCCUAACUUCCAGCCCCCUCUCCCUCCCAUUGACGACGGGGGGGUUCCCGUGUUUGAGCCCUCCCCUCUGUCGCCCACUGGCGGGGGUCUGGAGGCUGGGCAGGCGGGAGCUGUGCUUCCUCAGACCCAUCAGCCUUUAGUUCAGCAGACUGCGGAGAACAGUAACAUCGUCCGAGAUCCCGCAUCCACACCCCCUGCUUUGAGGAACGGCCCGGGAGGUUCGGGUGGGACGCCCGCUCAGCUGAAUGUGGUGACCCCUACCUCAGGUCCUAAGGGCCCCAGUCCAUUUAUGAGCCGCAGAGGUACAAAGAAACAAGCGCCGGCACCUCCCAAACAAGCUGCCCCUCCCACACCUCACAACAUAAAAGCAGCUCCUAACCAGCCCACACCAGUCCAGUCCUCAUCCCUGAGCACCUCUCAGCCUCUCAUCGCACCCCGCCGCAACAACCAGACCCCUAUUCAGGCCCCCAACCACCCUCCUCCUCAGCCUCCUUCCCAACCUCCUUCACUAAGCGUAGAAGAAGUCCAACCGUCCCCUCCCAGAACGCCCACCCCUCCCGGUACACCUCCUUCUGACGGAUCCCAGCCACGCCCCAGGCCCACCCCUCGAGCGCGACCCAAACCCGCCGGCCCGCCACCACCCCAACCAAAUAGCGAUGGUGCCAAUGGUGUCUGUGUUUCUGGAUCCAAGAUUAUCUCCGAUGAAGAUGAAGUUGGAGAUGGAGAAAAGAUAUCUUUGACGGGACCAGGGCCGGAUCUUGUCCCGGAGCUUAAAGAGGAUGAAACCGCAGAAACACUCUCAGAAGAUGAAAACAUAUCAGAAAACACCGCCCUGUGAGGUGGGCGGAGUCUAGUCAUCACACGGCCAAUGGAAAGCUAUGUUCGUAAUAGAAUACUAGCAUAUCGCAAAGUGUAUUCUAAAUAUUGUUUUUAAGGAUGUGAAAGUAUGCAGUAUGAAAAACAUUUUAAACAUGACCUCAGUUAGCUGUUGAAUAAAUAUAGAUAUUAACUCGUUCCCCGCCAACGUUUUUGAAAAAGUUGCCAGCCACCGGCAACAUUUUGGAUUAUUUUCACAAAAAUUUGAUGGCCCCCAGAAUAUUUUUUUAUUGUAUGAAUAUCUGCACAUGCAAUACAUCAAAAUAAUAGCAUCCCCGCCGACAGUGAAAACACGGAAACCCUAAAAAUUCCCUGUUUGACGGGGAAGCGUUGUCUCAAAAAUAACAAAAAAUUUGGUGUUUAGGCAGGGAAGCAUUGUCUCAAAAAUAACGGAAAAAUCCAUGUUUGGCAGGGAAGUGCUGUCUCGUAAAUAACUGAAAAUUCUGUGUUUGGUGAGGAAGUGUUGUAUCGUAAAUAACAGAAAAUUCCAUUUUUGGCGGGCAAGCGUUGUCUCAAAAAUAACAGGAAGUUUUGUGUUUGGCGGAAAACGUUGUCUCAUAAAUAAUGGAAAAUACCAUGUUUGCCGGAAAUCGCUGUCUCACAAAUAACGAAAAAUUCCAUGUUUGGCAGGAAGUGUUGUCUCACAAA